AUGUCCACACACUCCUUCAGUACCGUUACAGGGCGACAUUCAAGAACAGCAACACAGGAGGAACUCGUGCACCUGGAUGAAUCACCCAUUAUCGAGGCAGACCACAACGACGACGAUCAUGCCGUCUUUGACGACGAGGACCUCGACUCCUUGGAUUUAAACAUCCUGACCCCCCGGCAGUACGACCAUUUGAUAGAUCCCUUCGACAAAAACCCGACAUUGCCUUCCUUAUCUUCCAACCUGUCGAGUAAUACAGCGGCAGCAGAGGAUACGGCUCGACAUAGUUCGCAAGGAUAUCACCACAGUCAUUCCUCUCAGUCUUCAAUGGCCAGCUACAAACGACAUGUCAAGAAAGCAAGUCAACUCAGCAGCGGGGUUGCCACCGUCAAAGGGAUGGGUGCUUCGAUAAAUGCCCAACACCAUUCCAUCGACUCGUCUGCUUCUUCCCCGUCAUCACCCUCAGCGCUGUCGAUAUCGUCCAGGAGAUACUCGUCUGCAUCUUCAGCAUCGCGUCAGCAGCAACAAGGAGCUGAGGAGAUGAUGUUUGCGUCGCCCGACUACCGAAAGAGUUUGUCCAUGAGUGUUCAGAGUGAUGCCGCAAUAGAUAUCUCUGGUGGUCAUUCGGCUCGAGGAUCCUCUGUCGUUCCUUCCGAUGCUCCGCAAUAUUCCAAUCUACUCCGAGAUGCGACGUGGAUGAUUGAACAACAGCACCUGCAGGACGGCAACGCCACAUCAUCACAUAACCGUGCCAGUCAUUCUUCUGAAGGCAGUCAGAACGCAUCCCACAUUAUCAACAAAGGAUCUGGUGACCACGUCUCCUCCCUGUCCUCAAUAGAAUCCUCUAGAGCUGGAACACGGUCCACCAUCAACUCUCCUUCGCUUUCAAUGACAGGAGUGACGAACGCACCCACUUGCAGCUCAAGUAACAGAGGAAAUAUGACAAUAUCUCGGUCAAGGCGAUUCUCUGCACCUGGUAGCCAAUACUCGGGGCAUGGAUCGAUUUCUUCAGUCUCCAGGCCAUUGGCUCUAUCCUCUUCCACCUAUGAGCUACCACCACCUUCAGCAACGUCAGGCCAGGAAUUUUUGUCGUUCUCAAGUGCAUCCGGCGCGAGGGCUUCUCAGGCAGAGGGCUUACAACAAACAAACACUCUGUCGUCGCAGCAAGACAUCAACAGUAGCAGCGAAGAGGGUGACUUACAGUAUCAACACUUUCGGGAAGCAGAUCAUCGAGCAAAAUAUACCGUUCAGUCUUUACAGCACCAUUCAACAAUGGAGCCGUACUCCUCCUCCAACAGUCGCAGCUCCAUUGGGACAGAGGUAGGCAUUGCGGGUCCUUCAAUCAGCCCUUCAUCAACCCUGGCAAACUUGAUCUCGCCCAACCAGCCUCAGCUCCAACGGGACUAUCGACCGGGUGUUGUGUUUGAGUAUUACGAAGGCGAGUGGGACUGGCUCCCCAACUUUGACGAGAUGCGCCCGGACCAUGUAGGAAUCGUUGGCAACUUUAUGAUUGAUGACACCACCGAACGGGAUCUCUUCCGACCACAGGUCUACACCGGCCCUGCAGGAAAGAAGAGUAAUGAGUUUGGGACGGGUGGCCAAUGGCCUACGGAAUAUCAACCCCGGCGGCCCUACAAGGAGUCUGGCAACUUUGCGGUCCGGUUUACAACCCAUAUGGACAUUACACAAGACGGUGUUUAUUCUUUCUGGCUAUCGUCGAAUGAUGGGUCUGUGCUCUACAUUUCGAACACUCUCGUUGUCGAGAACGAUGGGAUGCAUUAUUCGACCGAGGCAGAAGGCAGGAUUCUACUGCAGACGGGUAGACAUCUGAUGACGGUCGAAUUCUUUCACAGGAAUGGAAAGAUGCUGGAGGGGUUUCGAUCGACCGGCCCCUCCUUGGUCGUCAGCUAUCGAGCUCCUGGACCUGUUUGGUCAUUCGGACUCAAAGCUGGACCCAAACGUGUCUACGGUACAGAUGACGAUUCGUCGAUGAUGAUGGAGCGAGGAAGUGGGUGUUUGUCUCCAACAGAGUCUAGGCGGUCAUAUGGUGGAUUUAGGCAGGAUUGGCACCAAGCAAGCGGCGGACUCGGCCAGUCUCACCAACAGCAGCAGUAUCAACAGUCGCAACUAGGGCGACCAACGAGACAUCGUAUGAUGAGUGGAGAUAUGGGUCAGAUGCAACUCUCGACGCGCGAGCUUCAAGUUCAGAUGGAUAAUGCAAAGACGACGAUCAAGGAUCUUGAGCAGGUGAGUGGCAGCAUGCCUGUCGUGUCAUAG